UAAUAUAAUUUAUUUCAUAUUUGUACAAAUUUUACAUAUCAAAGUUAAAAUUUUCGAUAUAAAAUGACCUCUAAUGUAUCACCGAGUAGAUCAAAUUUAAUGUCUUCGUCACACCCAAGCAAAGGUUCUUUGACAGACCGACCAAGCAGUUGUUCUAAUAAAAGUCUCGUGCACAAUAAAUCGUGCCCUGUCCAUUCAAGACAUUUAUCAUAUAAAACGAUUGGACAAUGCCAUGAUAAAAUUGAGGAAUUAGAAAAACAAAAUGCCCGACUUGUUUCAAAGAUUAAAGUAUUAAAAUAUCAAUUAAAAACAUCAUCUAAUUUAUACAAUAAUAUUCAUCAAAGACCAGAGAAACCUUUAUCAAGACAUUCUCAAAGGUCAACGCCAAUAAAAUUACAAAAAAUUUCAAGAUUGUCUAGAGUAGGUUUUGAUGAAAAUGAAAAGACUAUUAAACUUCCUGAAAGAAAAUUUGAGAGUACAGAAUCAUUUGAUAGUGAAAGUAGCUUAGUAGAAAAUAAAAGUAAAUUUAAGGAGAAUAUUGAACUAAUACAAUCUCACAGAGUUAUCAAAAGUAUGGAGAUUCAAAUGGAAACCUUAGAAGCACAAUGCAAAGCUUUUGAGCAAAAUAUGUUGGAUAUUAAUGAAUUGUUUGACAAAGAACGGGAUGAACAUGAUAAAUUGAAAGAGCUAUUAAUUAUUGAAAGACACAAUUUAAGUGAACUAAAACCAAAAUACAAUGUUUAUAAAGAAACAAAUAAAGUAUUAGAAGAACAAAUUCGUGAUUUACAAAAAGAAAAGUUAUCGCUCAAAGAACAUAACCAGAAACUUCUACAACUUACUUCCAAACCUAAUCAUCAAAAUAACGGACUAAAGUUGAAAGAAUUGGAGGAAAAUUUUUCCGAUACUCGAGCGGGUCUUUUAAAACAAAUGGAAGAGAAUAGUAAAUAUAUCGCAGAAUUAAAAGGAAUAAUAAAUGAAAAUGAAGUAAAACUUUCUAAUUACGCAGAUGAGAAUAAAUGCUUGAAGAACCAACAUUUGGAACUGUCUGAUAUAUUAAAAUUAAAAGAGGAUGAAAUUAAAAACAUAAAUAAGGAAAUUGAUAAUAUUCGACAAGAGAAUGACGAAUUAAAAAAUAAACUCAAGACAAAUAUUAAUAUUUCAAAAGAAAAUGAAAGUGAAGUUCUCACAGUGCACCAAAAUUUGGAUUCGGAAGAAAAAAGACUGAAAAGUCAAAUCCAAGAACUUCAACAAGAACAAUUAAAAAUUAAUCAAACGCUGAACUCUCAGUCUUAUUUAAAUACGAUGCUUAAAGAUAAGGUAGAUCAAGCUGAACGUGAUAUAAAAACAGCAAUACAGUUUAUUAAAAUAUGCAUGAAUUUAUUUAAAGAUAUUACAACGUUGGAUCUAUCUGAACCACUUAUAGCUACCUUGGAAAUUAUAGAAAAAGCUAUUUGUUCUAUUAAGAAAAGUAAUGAAGUUAAUGUUGAAAACAAGGAGUUCGAAGAAAUAUUAAACGAUACAUUAGAAGUUUUGGUUGUGUUCAGAGAUCAAAUGGUUAAAAGACGAACCACAUUAAAUCAAGAACAGUGGACCAAAAAACCAAUAGUUAAUUUAAUUACAGACACUAUGAAUAAAAGUGAGAACACGCCUAGAAUUCAAGAAAAUUCUGCACAACUAGAAAUUAAUAUAAACAGUGUACAAUUUUCUGCGGAAAGUAUACGACACUUAAAAUCGCUAGAGUCGGAGCCAAACAUUUUUCUAACAUGGGGUUUUAAAGAUCAAGAAGAUGUUGCUUAUUCACCUAGUCGUCUAGCUUGGUCUGCUGAUUUCAAUUGCAGUUGUUUCUACCGCAGUAAUAAUAGCACAGAACUUUUACAUUUUGUUGCAAAGCAUGGUUUAUUUAUCAACGUACAUUUGGUUACGGGGAAAUCAUCUCCAAUAGUUGCUGCAGGAUUAGUAAAUACCGUGGAUUCAAUAAAUAAUCCCAUGGUUAAGUUUAAUUUGAUCGUACCAAUAAUGGGACAAAAUAUCGACGCAAAAUUAAAGUGCUCAAUUCAACUUAUUUGCGAUUUUCACGAGAUACAAAUGUAUUUAAAAAUGGUUGAUGAUGAGUAUAGUAAUAUUGAAGCUUCUAUAAACAAGACAUUAUCGAUACCAUCCACACCAAAUAAUACUUAUUAAAUAAAAUUUUAUAAGAAUUAAAUAAUUUUUUUAUAGAUUUAAUAUACAUUAAUUGUGAUAUUAGUCUUAGUUUAUAUUUACAGGGUGUUUCAUGAUGUUAUAUAAUGGCAUACUCACCAGUGAGUUAGGUUGGCAACAUAUAGUUUCUAAAUAAAUACCCUUUUUAAAUAAAUCUUUACCUGCAUUCAUUUGAAGUUUGAAAUCAAAACAUUUGAAGAUUUAAACGAAAGGAAUGUAUUGGUUUUGUUAUUGUGCAUCCAUAUAAGACUACAAAAGAAAUCUUGACGAACAUCAUGUCUAUCAUGGGACAUCUGCAAUAGCAAUAUCAUUAUUAUAAAAUAUAAUUAAUAUUCCAGCUAGUUUAAAUAUACUUAUUAAAUUAAUAUGUAUCGCUUUUUGCGUCCAUUUAAUAGUCUUCUGAGUUUGUUGACUAGUCUGAGAUAAAAGCAACAAGUGGACAAAGAAAUAUAAAAUAUUUUAACUUUUAAUUUUUUUCUCUAAAUUCUGUGAUAUAAGUUUAUGAAUGUAAUUGUUGAUUAAAAUUAUUUUAU